AUGCAAAUGCAAAUGGAAGUGCAAAGACGCUUGAGUGAUCAACUUGAGGUUCAAAAGAGCUUGAAACUUAAAAUUGAAGCCCAAGAAAAGUUCCUAGAGAGAAUUGCAGAGGAAUUUAAAACCCGGCCAAACAUCACAACGCCUAGCAAGCCUUUCUCUCCUCUAUCACUUCCUUCCCUUUGCGAUGAUUCUGAAUCAAAUAUGAAGGAAUUUGAAUCCGACUCUGAGGCUGACAAGAACGAAAUACGUUGUGAAGAACUUCGAGCUACAAAGAGGCUUAGGGUGGAGGAAAAUAUUCUGCAACAAAGAUUUAAACUCGCUUCACUCAACUCAGGAUCUUAUAAUCCAAACUUGGUUCUGUCAAAAGGAGGGAAUUAUCCUUAUUCUGCCCAUGAAAUCAGCUUUCCAUGGAGUGUUUCAGCCUGUCAAUCGCCUCAACUGCCAGCUUCAUAUGGUUCUUAUAAUUAG